CCUUAGUCCAUCUUGUCACCAGCCAUGACAAAGAGCACUGGGACAAGGCUUUACCGGGCGUGCCUCCGCUGUCGGCAACGCAAAACAAAGUGCGAUUUACGGUAUACUCGUGGAAACAAUCAUGAGCCGUGCUCAAAAUGCGCAUCUGAGGGAUAUCGAUGUAUACUGGCAACUUCAAGGAGAGGAGGGGACUACUCGCGCUUUAGGGGUCGCCGUCAUACCUUAGCGACACAGCCUUCAAUAGGCACCGAAAGCUCAAAAAGAAAGCCGGAACUCGACUCUAACCCCCUACGCUACAGGACUUUGAGAAUGCAGAAUGAUAGCAAGUUUGAUGGGGGAGUCCAAAAUCCCUGGGAAGCACUACAAAUCCUUGCUCAAACAGCUGCCAAUAUGGGGGAAGUCGACAAAGCGCCCCCAAGGCAGACUCUACCGGGAUCAGCCUUCAUGCAACGGACUAGCGACGGCCAAGAACAAGCUCAGGAACAUAUCAGCCCCCCUAUAAUGGCGUCAGAGAUCAUCCAAGAAGGAAUUGUCGAUAUACAUCACCUGGAGCCCCUAGUCCAAUACUCGCACUUGUGGGCUACAGAGACCUUUCUCCUCGCUUCUGUGCUUACAAUUGCAACCCAGAACCGACCAGACUACUUGUCCCUUCAUAUGAGAAUCAAAGAAUACGUUGAUAAGCUGCUCCUUCGUGUUGCUCUUGGUGCCAGAAGUGUACGACAUGUUGGUUCUGUGGAAGGCCUACUGCUACUAGCCGAAUGGAUGCCGCAUUUGAUGCGUUCAGAGGACCAUCUACAGAACAGCCAUGAACGAGAUAACGCAUAUGACGAAGAUUGCGUUGCAUGGAACUUAAUCGGUCUAGCUGUCAGACAAGCGUACCUAUUACACUUGGAUAAACAAUCUUUUCCUGGCGAAGUAGAGUCCGAGCCACAAGAGAUUGGCUGCAGGAAGAGACUGGCAUGGAUAUUCACAUAUCUUGCCGACCGUCAGAUAUCGAUCCAAAUGGGCCAAGCCUUUUGGUGUCGCGGACCUAGCCUAUCGACUAGAUUCAGCACCCAGGAUUACCCAUCGCUUCAGUCGGGGAUGACUGGCGGGAUUGACUAUGCUUCGUUUGUGCAGGCGCAGGUGGAGUUGACCACCAUUUUUGGGAAUAUCCAUGAUGUUCUUUACGCAUCAAAGUCACGCACCUCACAGUUGAUGAUCAUGGGGGAUUACUCUAAAUACCUGGAUGAUGGAGCUAAGGCGAUGGAUAUGUGGAAGGGAAUAUGGUUCAAUAUUGAUAUCCCGUCCUCCCUGUCCUGCCUACUCACAUUACAGUUUGAAUAUUUGCAGCUUUAUGUCAAUGCUUUUGCUUUUCAAGCAGUGAUAUAUCGAGCCUGCAAAAAGGCUCCCAUGACUAGCCAGGAAGAUAGCGAUUCCCUCUUCCCCGACAGUGUCAUGGGUAGUCCAGAUGGCCGCCAUAUCUACUCUGCUAUUGAGGCCGCGAAAAGGCUACUACAAAACCUCGUGGGGGGUGCGAUUUCAGGCCAUAUGGUGAAAUUCCUUCCCAUUCGGUAUUAUCUCUAUGAGAUAUACGCGUCUGUUUUUCUCUUCAAAACUCACUCCAUUGGGGCAAUACACUCCGAUGAGGACGAAACUUGCUUCACACUUACCAGAGAGUUUAUCUCUAUGCUGAAAGCUGCUGCUACAUCCCCAACACAUCUCGCCUAUCGCUAUGCGAAGCUGCUCGAACGUCUAUGGUUUCAUUGCAACGCCACUCCUCAGAACGGCGUUGUUCGGCACGGACUCAUAGCUUCAGAUCAGUCACCCAGUAUUCCUCCAGGACCCGAUUCUUUCCUGCAAGCCCCCUAUGGGGAUAACGGUUCGAUGGCGGACCCUGUACCAAAUUCAUUUUCUGACAUUCUGCAAAUGGAUCUCGGUUCGUCUGAAAAUAAUAGGAAUGACGAUGAGACAUUCUUCUCGAGCCUUCCCUUCUUCCGAUGAUUCCUUGACCUGGAUGAAGAGACUCAUCUAUUGGGACUGAGGCCCUAGGGCGUCUUCACUUUAUUCUAGGAUUUUGUAUGCGCUACCUCAGAAAUCAAG